AACUAAGACCGGAAGUAAAAUAUCUGUGGAUUCGGACAGGUCUACCCUUCACCAACUGUCCCCGCCCCCACCUCAGCGUAACUCAUGUUGCCAAGCAACCGUGACAGCGUUGAAAUCACGUUUGGAGCUGCACUGCACUGAAUUAAAGCGAUGGAUAAUGAUGCGAUCUGCUGUUUUCUGUCCGCCUACAUAAUACUCGAACAGUUUAUGAUCUUGUUUCGUCGGCGCAGAUAUGUGUUAUAUCUCCGAUUGAAGGACAACGUUCAGACCAAAUCCCUGUACUGCAGAGUUAACCUCAAAAUACCUAUCCUGGUCCGUUUUUUUUGUGAUGAGGACACCAAGCCUGACUUUCGGUUGAGCAGGGAAUCUUUGGCAAGGCUGCUUCAUCUGCUCAACCAAGAUCGGCGACAUGGAUGGGGUGCUACUAUUGAGACCUUAGUUUUUCUAUUCUGGUUGGCAAGCGGCACAUCCUACAGAGUGGUCUCCAGAGUGUUUGGGAUGCCUCGGUCCACUGUCCACAGCAUUGUUCAUAGGGUUACAGAGGAGGUGGUGGACAUUCGCCACCAGGUCAUCCACCUUCCAAAAACAGAAGAGGACCUGAAUUCAGUGUCCCGUGGGUUUGCAGGGCUGGCACACCACAGAGCCUUUGUAAAGGCUGUGGGUGCAAUUGACGGCUGCCACAUCCGUAUCAAGUGCCCAAGUGGCCCUGAUGGUCAGUGCUACAGGAAUAGAAAAUUAUUCCCAUCAAUAAUUUUACAAGCCGUAUCUGAUCAUCAGGGCCGCUUCAUUGACACAUACGUGGGUUGGCCUGGGUCAGUGCAUGACUCUAGAGUACUGCGGCACAGUCCACUCUACCGGCAGUCGGUUUAUCCUCCUCCGGGGCACUUCAUCCUUGCAGAUGGAGGGUACCCAUGUCUGCAACAGCCACUCCCCCUCAUCACACCGUACAAAAGACCACUACAAGGUGUGGGAGCCCAACGCUUCAAUAAUCAUCAUUCAAAAGCACGUUCUAUUAUAGAGCGUGCCUUUGGGAUGAUGAAAACAAGAUUCCGGUCAAUUUUUUUACAAGCGCUGGAGGUGCACCACACCUUUGUACCACAUGUAAGUACUGGCCUAGUGUUUCAGUUUGUGCAGUAUCUAUCUAUCUAUCUAUCUAUCUAUCUAUCUAUCUAUCUAGGUCAUAACAGCAUGUGCCAUCCUUCACAACAUCUGCCUUGGAGCCGGUGAUGUCAUAGCACCAGAGAAUGAGGCAGAAGUUGCAGAAGAGGAUGAGGGGGAAGCUGGUUUGGAGGCAGUCAGUGGUGCUCUCUGGCGGGACCAACUUUCUGCCGAGGUGUCUGCUCUGGAGGAGAUUCUACCAGACCAUGACUACUUGCAGGUGAGUAAAUAUAAUUAUUUUUAAUAUAUGUAAACCUCUCUGCACCAAAGUAUUACCAGCAUGACAUUUUAAUACUAAAUUUUUGUGAACCAUUACUUAAUUUUGGAUCACUGUGAUUAUAAUCUAGUGAUGCAGCAGUCGUCAAUUGAGCCAGCCCUGUAACCUACUUGGAAGAUGGAGUGGACAGUGAAUGACAGCAUCACAACCCUCUGCAGGCCACCAUGUGUGAUGCUUCACUUGCCAUCCAGAAGAAUAGUCACAUGUCUCUGUUGCAGCACCCUAUCCAUGUUUCUGAUCUUGCCUUAAAAGUUUUAGGCACACUGUCUUAUUUUUUCUUUUUCUUUUAAUUUUCCAGGAAUAGGUCACUGAGGUUAAUUCUGCAGUU